AUGGCAGAUGUAUUGGGUACAGCGGCUGGAGUAGUCUCUCCUGGAUUGCAAGUCUCACAGGGCAUCGUCUCUUAUUAUUCCGCCUAUCGCGAUCAAGCUGAUGAAAUUGACGGUAUUGCGCAAAGAACGCAAGCACUUCACACCACGCUCAAAGGUUUACAAGCAAGCCUGGGAAGCCUCCAUUCAAAUCACACAUCAGCUAUAACCCUAGUUGCCGCUACCGUCGCCUCAUGCGCAGACAAUAUUAGGACUUUUGAAACAACUCUUCAGAAAUGUCAACUCAGUGUGCCCAUUGGUACGAGAGAAAAGAACUGUUCCCUCGGCAAGAAAGCGAUCUUUCCUUUCCGUCAAGCCACCCUGCAAAGACUAGAGAAUAUCGUCUGCAAGCUACAGGCUAAUGUGGAUAUGGCUAUCAUGGCUCUGCAACUAUCUAGAUCAUUGAAUCAGUACAUGGUUCCGGAACUUUCAAAUGUCAGAAUGGCGCUGCAAGACGUUCCGGAAAUCGUCGAACAAGCAACCCCGCGAGCACUGAAUUUGAAUCAAAAACAACUAGCGGCGACCGUGGAUAAUACUUCUUCGAAAGCUUUAAUUCCUGAUAGUGACGAUCGAGCAUUUGAAACAUCAAUACGCAAAGUUGCAAAAAAUAGAUGUCUCUCUGAUCCAUGUACAUGCGCAUUUUCAAAAUCGGGAUGUACAGCACUCACCAUAUUACUCAAGCAAACUACCUUGGAGCUUGAUGAAGAGGAGAUCAUAAGUGUUUUUACUGAUCUGAGCGAAGAAGGAUAUCGCUCUUGA